UAUACCCUUUUAUGCUAUUAGAAAUGCACCUGUGAAAGGUAUUAUAGCUUUGGUGCUGCCGUUCACUACUUUUUUUGUUUAUAAUUUUUUAUAUUUUCCAUUUGUGCCACCUUCUUCUCUCUUUAUUUUCGUGUUUUCUUCUAUUGUGUAGCAAAAGUUGCUGUUUUGUUAUUGUUAUGUCUAUAUUUUCUCUAUCUGUGCUGGUUUUGUUAUUUUUUUUUUUGAACCAUCCGCAACAACAAGUCGUAAUUAUCUGAAUUAUCUGUUUUUAAUUAUCAGUUACAUUUCUGCGGCGUGCCAAAUAAUAACGCCUUUAUCAGUCAGCUGUCUUGCCAGGUAGUUAUGUUUGUACAGUUAUCUAUAUACAUAUGUAUGUAUGUACGUGUCAUUGGGAGCAUUGCUCAUCUAAUAUUUUUCUAGUUCCACAGAUAACAGUUACCAUCCACUUGAUAGUUUCGGCUUAUCGUCGAAGUGUUGUUUACUUAAGUGACUUUCAUUGGCAGCUCCUGUGUGUGUGUGCGUGAAUGUGUGUGUAAUCAAAGCCUUUCCCCAAAGCGCUAAUCAAAAUCUACUCAUAUACAUAUGUACGAAUAAGUGAUUUAAUAAAAAAUGUACACUACAAAUAUUUUGCUAUCUGCCGAAUGCUCUAGUAAACGAAUGAAUCAAGAGCUUUUUGAAAAUUUCUCAUGCGACUGUCAUUAUGUUUCUCAAGCUGUUUUUCUAUUACUCUAGUUAUGCGCUCUCUAUGCGCUAGCUUUUUGCUAUGCUCUGCGUCGCUCGAAAGCACAAAAAAUUCUUGGUCAUCCCACAUUUCAGUUCCACAUUCGGCGCUACGCUCCGCAUUGCAUCGCCCGCUCCGCCCUAUUAAUGUCAUACAACAACAAUGAAAUAUAACGCAUGUUGUUCCUCUAGAUUUCCGUUAAUUUGUUGUUGCCUGGUAUGCCACUUAUCAAUGUUCUGCAAUAUCAGCCACAACAACAACAACAACAACAACAAUUACUGAAAGUUUGACAAAAUGCAAUAAGACCGUAUAUUGUACAACAACAAGUUGAGUGUAAGCAACAACAUUGCAGUGCAGUGGCGGCAUUGCCAGCAUCAGUCCACAGCUGAAAGCACUAGCUCUUGUUGUACAAAAGACCGGCAGUCGGGGAGGCCAUGGUAGGCAAUCGAAUCCACAGACAACAACAGCAAUAAUAUGCCCAUCACAUCGUGUGACUUAUUUUAUGUACUUUACUUUGGCUGCGUGCGUGUUUGUGUGUAUGUAGGCAUGUGUGUGUGCUGCUACAAUUUCCACGAGUCUACUGUGUACUCGGUCGCUGGCUCGGCUUCAGUCUCCUUGAGCUUGUGGAACUGUGAAAAUGUGUGACGCGUGAUUUUCCUCAAACGCGACUUACCGUGCCGUUGACUGAUAUUAUUAAAAGUGUCUUUUAUUUUUUAACAAUUCGUUUGUGUUUAAAUUAUUUCGCCAAUAUUUUGCUAUUUAUACUUACAUAAACUUUAUGUGCGUGCAACUUUGUGCUUCCUUAGUACAACUGUGAGAUCGAAGAAAUGACGAAAAAUUGUUAGACAAUAAUCAUUAGUCUGGAAUCCUUCGCAGUUGAAGCGCAAAUCGAAGGAAAUUGAAACUUCAGCAGCAGACCUUGUGAAUUUUAGUGCUGCAAAGAGCAAAGUACCUACAAACGUAAAAAAAAAUCUUUGAAAUUUUUAUGAAGCAAGUGUAGAAGUGUUUAAAAAAAAUAUGUGCUAUUAAAUGCACAUAAAUAAAAAAACGAAUAAAGAGAGCAAGGCAACGUCCGUAUGUAGAAAGAAACCUUUGACUUUGUGCCAAUGUAUUUUUAUAGUAAAUACAGUGAAACGUCGUUCUAAAUGUGUAAUUUCGUGCAUAAUUGUUACAUACUGUUCAGAAAAAUAUAAAUAUAUUUUUAUUUUUAUAUACAUUGUUAACGACUCGAACUACGAAGGAAAUACUAAGCACCUGAAUAAUUUAAUUAGACACAAAUAUUGGUUAGUGGUUAACCGCAGGUAUUUGCAAUCGGUUAUUAAAGCUGGAAAAUUAUAUUAGCAUUAUUUUAAAAAUUUUAAAAAACUUUUCGCUUUUACAGCGUGGCAGCUCAAGUUUUGAAGCCAGCUACAUGCUUAUUUAUAUAUAUACACACUCAUCUGUAUAUAUUGUCUACAAAAAUAAUCAAACAACCAAAAUAAACUGUAAAAUCCAAUGAGUGACGUGGUAACAGCGUAAAGUGUGAUCUGAAAGCAGCGUAAAAAUUUUAUUAAAAAUUCCAAAGUUAAUCGAAAGAAAAUUUUGAAAUAAAUCGACGUUGCGGUUAAGUUAAUUAUUGACGCAUAAACACUGCAGACUAACGUCAGAGCAGCAGCGCCAACAGCGUGUCAGCUAAAAAUAUAGACAGAAGUAGAUGCAACACGAAGGCGAGGGCUGUGGCAAGCCAACGCCAGCAAGUGAUUUUAACGCGCAACAACGCGUUGGUCGGCAAGUGAGCGAGCAGUGCCGAGAGCGAGCAUAAAAAAAUUAAAAAUAAAGACUAAAAACUAAAAAAGUAAAAAAAAAUAAUAAUUUUGUGUUCAAACCAAAGCAGAAGCGGUAGUAAUAAGAAAUCAAUACAACAACAAAAAUAUUAAGUGUUGAAAAACAUUUCCAUCACUAAACGUGAGCGCCUCCUUUGGCAUGCAACAUUGUUUGUUGCACCGCAACAUUUCGCUAUAAACACUAGAAUUUGAAAGAAAAAUUUCUCAACAUUUCACAACAACACGACAACGCCAAUGUUGUUGCUAAUGUGAAGCACACACACGCGCCUUACUCGAUCGAUGUUGUUAACGUUCUUCAGCUUCCUCAUGCGAUUCGUAGACAUUUCCAAAUUGCACAGCGACCGCUGCAAUUGCACGAACGGCACCGACGAUUGCCAGAACAAGGUGAAAUGCUGGCAACAAGCCGCCGCCGCAGCGGCCGCCGCUGCCGCCCACAAAGCCAACGUGGCCAAUUCGAAUAGCAGCAGCACGAGCAGUGGCUGCGACAGCAAUGCCUCCUCGGCAUCGGGUGGCAGCUCCACCAAAGAGAAUUACUACGCAUUGAAUAUGCCGCCAAAGCAGCGGCGUCAAAAACAGCGCCAGCAGCAACAGCAGCUGCAUCGCCAGGCGGCGCAACAUCAAACCAUAACACCGGAGCAGCUCGAUCAAAUACGUUAUUACCAACAAAUGCAACAACAACAAUUGCAAAUAUUGCAACAACAAUUGCUGCAGCGUCGUCUACUGCAGCAGCAUUUGCGCGAACAGGGCGUGGAUGUGGGUUUGCGCACACCUAACAUUAGUGUUGACAAAGGCAGCGGCGUCGCAGCUUCCCCUCCGCGUUUGAGCAGCACAAAUGCAACCGCUGCGCUCACCUGCAAUCAACAGUAUUUGAUACAGCAGCGUUUGCAGCAACAACAACCGCCGCCACCACAAUGGUUGCGCAACAAUCACAAUUAUAAUUUCAAUAAUCAGCACAACAACAAUAUGCUAAACAACAACAACGACAUAAUUAACAAUAAUGCUGAUUACGCUGUGCUCCUCAAUGACAUUGGCGUGGGACAACAAAAAGGACAAAAAUUCCGUCGUGGCAUGACAGAAUUCUCAACAAACAACGAUAUCAACAACAAAUCACAUCUAUCACAACCGCUUCAAAAUUCACCACGUCAUUACGCUUACUCUCAAACGAAACAGUAUCAUCAACAUCAACCAAAUUUUUCACAACAAUCACAACAAAAACAACAACCACAUCCUAAUUCCCCACAACAUUACGCCAAUAACAUAAAUUCACAUUUUACCUACGCUCUCAAGCAGACGCAUAAUAAUAAAAAUAAUCUGCAAACGCUUCCUUUAAAUUCUUCUGCAAAUACAUUUACAAAAACAUCACAUAUUAAUAGUAACAUCACAAAAACAAAUAAUCCAUCAUCACCCACAUCGACGGCACAAUCGCCAUUGCAUUAUAAGAAUCCAUUGAAUAGUCCGAAUAAUUCGCCAUUUGCUUUCGCCUACAACAACUACGGCGAAAACGAGCGUGAACGCGAACGCGAACCACAACAGCGACAACAGCAGCAGCCCCAGCAGCAGCAAAGGAGCAGCGUCACAGCUGCCACGGCACAGCAACAUCAAUUGCAACAACAUUUGCGUAGCAGCAAAACGUUGCCGCUUCUGACGCAGACGCAAUAUCAGCAGCAUUUGAAUGAUUUGCUGCUGCAACAACAACACUUGCAAAAGCAUCAGCAACAACUGCUCAGCGCCAAGGACGCCGACGACGAACUGAGCGAGGAGAGUCUCAAACAGAAUGUUGCAAUAGUAUUGAACAAUUUGGAUCGUUACAACAACGCGCUGCGCAGCAUCAUAUUGAAUGAGCAAGUGAGCGGGCAGAGCAGUGUGCUGAUCGACGACAGCUUGUUGGUGGAGAGUUUGGGUGCGAACAAUAAUUUUCUGUUGAAUUGUGGCAAUACAAUGGCUGCGCCAGCAACGCCGGAAUCGGAUUACAAUAGUAAUGCAACAACGCCUGGUUCGCGUCACAGCAUGCCGCUCGAUAGCAAUAUGCUGCAGCAGCAUCAGCAUUUGGUAGGUUUCGUCAACGCGGCGGCUGCGGCUGCGGCAACAGCUUGUGGUGGUGUUGGUGGUGGUGGUGGUGGUAGUAGUGUUAGUAAUAAUAUUAAUGGUGGUGGUGUCUACUUUGGCAACAAUGUUGCCGCCAACAAUUUAAAUUAUUCGAUUGCUUCUUCACACGAUUUCACUCAUGACAAUUCCGAUUAUCAGUGGCUACUAGAUUGCGACUAUCGGGAUGGCUGCGGCACUGGACUGCAGCGCAGCAUAUUCUCAUCGCUAUCGGGCUCCUACAGUGGCGACAUAAUCUUCUACAAUGACUUCUCUAAAAAACUCGACGCUAAUCUUGCCGAAGUUGAUAUGGAAAGCUUUCGUGCCGAAGACAUCUUACUGCAUAUGCCGUCGUAUUGCAAGAAUAUGAGUAACAGCAAUCGGUUACAACAAUCGUUUUUGUUGCAACAGAAUGCAUUGGCCGUAAAUGCGCAAGAACAUGGCGUUGGUGGCGUUGUUGGUGGUGGUAUUAACCAUUUAUCACAAACUUCGCUCACCUCUAAUAAUGAGCUUAUCGAUAAUUCCAUUUGUAAAUCGGAAUUGCUCUUCUCGCCGGUCAAAGAGUCGCACUUGUCCGCCGAUUCGCUUGAUAUGGACGCAUAUCCGGAAAAUGAGGACAUAAUCUUGACGUGUAAAGCGAAUAAGGACAAUUACACAAUCGCUUUUGAGGGCAGCGUACUGUACUCGGAUGAGAGUUUCUAUGCUGAGCCAUCAGAUGUCACCGCAAGAAAUACACAUAAUUUCAUUAAUUUGCAUAGCAAUCUCGAGGAUAUUGUCAAGCGCAAAGCUUUGGACGUUUCCAUGUCACGCUCGGAGCAGGCCGCCAGUGUGCGCAGCAAGCUACAAAAGAGCAACACAACACAAUUACAAAGAUAUCCGUCAGGCAACAACAACACCGCCACCAAUAACAUCUUUGUGCAACAAAUACAACACACAUCCAAUUGCACGGUGCGCAAAAGUCGCAGCGUACCAAAUCUGCGCGAGCACAAAGAUCCAACUGCAAUGGUUUGCAGCGGUAUUGCGGAUAUACAACAACAAACACAUCAUUCACAACAACAACAGCUGAAUGUGUCACAGGCGGUUAGCACCUCCAAUAUGGAGUGUUGCAAGACGUCGCGUAAUUUGCUUCCCAUGUGCCAGAUGCCAAUCUCUUCUAAUUCCAUAAUCGCCUCCAUUACGUCGGAGCGUCUAAAUGCGGCCGAGCAAUUGCAAACGCAUCAUCAUCAUCACCAGCAGCAGCAGCAGCAGGAGACACUGCAACAAUUGCAACAACAACAUCAGCAACAGCAAAAUGCCUCUCAGCAACGUCACAAACAUCGCUGCUCCUGCCAGUCAUCGAAUACCGUUACGGCUGCCGCAACCGGUGCCGCUCCAAAUAGUCACACUUGCCCCGCCGCGCUAAAACUUGCGCCCAUUUCGGGCUCCGCUUCGUCAGGUAGCUCGAAUCCACCCGCCUUCAAUCUAGUCAAACUAUUCAUCAAACAAAAGAGCAAUAAUUCCGCCACGGACGAACAACAGAUGAGCACACACACUUGCAUGGAUGUGUCGUCGGGUUGUUGGCCGUCAAGUGAUGCGGCUGGCUCGAGUAGCAGCUCAUCGUUAGAACAGCGUCUACGCAAGAAGAGCAUGAAUGAUUCGGGUAAGGGUUCGGCGCUCAGCCGACACGACGAGGAUGAGGAGCAACUGUGUGCGCAAGUGCGUGACACAUGCGAGUCUGCAUUUCAGGCCGAGCCACAUCAUGGCCAUGCCGGUCAUCCCACGCCCACGCGACGCCACUUGCGUAUACGUAACGAUGCCGUUUUCUACGAUGAAGACCCUAGCUCAAGCUCAAGUGGCUCUUUGACAGCCACCAAUUCGCCUGCGCAUCGACGUAGAAGUAUGCCGCCGCGCCAUCCUCAAUUGUGCCAACUGGUGACUCAACAUAAGGACGUCGGUACGGCAUGCAGCCUGCAGUCGUCAGAGAAUAGUCGCAGCAAUUCCGAACAACUUACACAGGUCUAUGUCUCGACUGGUACUUCAUCAACCACAUUGGAGCGUCAAAGAUCGCGUUGUGAAGGCGCACAACCCACAGUGUCGGCGGCUUCAAGUUCGGAGUUGAUUUCACGCUCAAUGCAAACUUCGUGUGGCUCUUUGAGUACGCGUAGCAGUAUGAGUGAUCGUUUUCGAUUCGUACCACCUUCCUUCUUGGCGAAGCUCAAUAAUUUGGGUGAAGAGCGACAGGCGCCAAUUUAUGUCAUCUAUCCCAAUUACGCGCUGCCCGAUUUGGGUUUCGUAAAGACCAAUUCAACGGCAGAUGUGAUCUUCUCGCCGUUCAAUUACAAAAUGGCUGUUGGCAGCAAUGACGAUUCGGCUUCGAUGGCGUCGCUAAAGAAACGCGUCAACUUAAAUAGCAAUGACGAUGAGAUACUCAAAGCCAUGGACUACAAGCAUGUAGUGGAUUGGCAGUCGCUAACUACUCUUUUGCCGGCGGACUAUCGUCGUCGCUUAAAACACAUUCCUGAGGUGAAUAGUUUGCUGCCAGAAUUGGACGCCGAACUAUCGCAGCGCCCGCUCUUCUGCAUGACUCCACCCAUACGCCGUAAUCGACCACAUAUAUGUGAUUGUGCGCAGUACUUCCAACAGCAACAUACGACACAGCUACAAACUGGCGAGGAAGGUUCCUCGAGCUCUGCCUCUAGUCAACAACCCAGUUCAGGUUAUCGCGGUUCGUCCACUCUGCUGGCCGACUCUGCUGAUCUCGAGAACGCGGACCCAUUGAAACAAAUGUACAUAUAUCAGUAUGAACAACAACGCAUGGACUCAGGUGUUGAAAUGAGUCCGGCGAUUGGCAAAACACCGCCACAACCCAUGCCACGCGGCAUCUUACGCAAAUCAUCUUCACAUUCGGCGAAUCGCAUGAAGCGCAAUUCUAUGAUUGAAGGUCAGCAAUCGAAACUGUCGAAGCAAGAGAAACGUCGCAGUCUACAAGAGCCACCGUAUCAUCAUGUAGUCGGUUCGUCCGAAGAGCUGGGUGAAGUAUUCGAAGAGGAGGCUGAACUAUAUGCAGUGCCGCAGCCGCGUCAAGAGCGUCUAUCACGCAAAGAUUUGGAUGCGCGUAUGCGUUUCCUCUCAUCGCUACCGCGUUCCGAGCUAAAGUGUUAUGCUGAAAUAGCGGCCAUAUUGGAGUCAUCAACCGAAUACCAGGUCGCCUACGAUCCAGCGGCAUUGAAGAAAGAAGUGAGUCGUGCGCUCAGUCAGCAAAAGAAGGUAUCCUUCAAUGACAUACACACACUCACAGAGAACGAGCAAGACGUUGAUCUGAUUGUGCAACAACAACAGCAACAAAUGCAACAACAACAACCGUCGCUUGCACCAGAAGCACGUCAACGCUUUACAACACCACCAAACUCACCGAACAUCUCGGUAGCCGGCAUGCGCAGCAGAGAGCCAGCAUCGCGUCGCUUCUCCCAAAUGGAGCAGCAUCAAACGGCCAAGCGUUUGGCCGCACUCGACGAGCAAGAGAAACGUAAGAUUGAGAGCAAUCGCUUCAAGCGUUUGCAAAUACAAUGGGAACUGAUGAGCAAAGACUCGACAAUGUUGAAGGAUUUGGCUAGCGCACAAGAGACGAAGAGCGGUGGCUCGACACCGACCGCCACGGCAGCAUCUGCGACGGCGGCGGCGGCGGCAGCAGCAGCGAAUGCAACGCACAAGUCGCGUAUACCGCGGCCAGUCAGCUAUCCAGCGGGAAAAGCUAGAAAUGCUAAUUGCAACACGAAAACUGUUUUGAAACCGUUAGAAAAGAUGAAAACCACUAAACUAAGUAUAUCUCCACAAAUUACUAGAAUAAGCACACAAGAAGCGGAUGGCAAGACAACACGUUCGCCCAGUCGCAUUGUGCCACCGAAGCGAUACAGCAUGACAGCCGGAAUUGGCGGAGCAACCGCAACGGUAGCAGCAGCGACAAGUGCUGGCGUUGGUGCUAGUGCUGCGCGUGCGCGUACGCCCACCAGCCGGGCGGUUGUGACAGCGCCGAAUACACCCAAGCGACGAGUGCAAUCGCCAAGAACAAUACCACGGGUGCGAUAAAGAUCGAAUCCAGCUACCUAUAAACCCACACACACACAUUGAAAGACAUGCCCUGCAAAGAAAAUUACAAAAAAAAAAAAAAAUGUAUGCUAUUUUUGAAUGCAUAGUUUUCGAACUGAUUUCUACUAGUUUAGGUUGAAAAGUAUAGAAACGCCUGCAAAUUUUUGGCAAAACGAGAAUAAGUGAGAAUCAUUCGUUGGAAUUUGAAUUCAACGUUAACGGUACAAUCAAGAAGUGCGAGCAAAUGUAAAUCUAAAAUUGUUGCUGGUAGAGACAACAGCAAGCUUUGGAAGCGAAAAGCAAAUAGUUAAGCGCAAUGCAAUGCAAAAACGAAAUGCAACCGUGAGAGUAUCGCAUAUGUAUAAGUAACGGCGUAUAAUGCGUGCGUGUGCAUAUGUAUGUGCCUAAAGUGAUAUUACGUGAAGGAGAAUAAGUGUAUUUGGAUGGCAGGCGUCGCGAUGAAAUGCCUCUAGUAUUUCCUUAGUUGCUAAUCAACUAUACAUAAAUACAUACAUACAUACAUUUAAAUAAGCAAAUAAAUCAAUAUUUAAUUUUUCGUUUCUAAUUUAAACUCAAUGAGAGAAAGCUCUAAUUUAACUAUGUAAAAUGUAAUGCAAUAAACGUACUCAACAUACAAACGUACAUAUAUAUAUAUAAAUAAAUAUAAAUAAAUAUGAUGAUAUGAAAUCGAAAAAGAAAAAUAAAAUGUGUAUGAAAAUGACAUAUGCGUAGUAUGUGCAACAACUAUUUAUACUGACACACAUACAUACAUGCAUACAUACGUACAAGUCGUCUCAUUACUGUUUGAAAACGCAUAUUUCCGAAAUGCAUCCGUAUGCUCUGAACGCUUGGGAACUUCAAAGACGUGCCACGCUCACCGCUCGAUUGCGCAGCCUAAGGAAACAUAAUUAACGUAUUACAAAAAAUUAGCUCAAAUUCAGAAAAGUAUUGCUAUAGGCGCCGCUAUGUGUGCAGCAAAAGUAUGAAUAACAAAAAGCAUAAAGCAAAUUGCAAAAAAAAAAAUAAUAAUAAUCAUGCAGCAAACACAUACUCCUAUUGUAUGAUAAAUCAGCUAUCUCAUUAACAAGUAAACGGCGUUGUAAUCAUUAAAUAAUUACAUUCAAUAUAAUUGAGGCAUGUAUAAUUCAAAAGAAAAUGCAAAAAAACAACAAAUAAACAAAUGAGACAUGUGUACAUGCACAAGCCACAUACACACACAUAUAUGCAUAUAGCUAUGCUCGUAAUUAAAAACUAUUAUCGUUUUUUACGGUAUGUUGUAAAGGAAUGUAAAGAUUCGUAAUGCAAUACGUGUGUAUGUAAUUUUUUCAUAUAAUUAACUUUCGAUUGCUGCUAAUGAAAUGCCUUGAAUAUCGUAUUUUGCGCUUUUUUACUUUGAAAUUUACUUUAAACACGUAAGCGGUAUCAAACAUAGAGAAAAAAAAAUGUAAAAAAAAAACUAAAACAAAAAACUAUCGGAACUGAGGAAGAAUUAUUAUGUUAUAUAAGCGAGAAAAGUGGUAAAGUGUGCACAGCCCCUAAUUUCGAUUUUGAUUUCGCCAAAUUUUUGUGAUUUUUUUUUGCGUUACAAGCGACUCGUUGAACGACAGAAAACCCAAAGCAGAUAAGCUUUAUCGGAAAGAAUACUUCUGCAGUGUGACUUGUGCACCGAAUUUAACGAAUGUAUGCAUUUGAUGGCUUCCGUUUGGUCCUUGGACCGCCCAAUUAACAGCUGCGUCUGCAGCUUCAGCUUGAAAA